GUUUACAAAGCAAAAUAAAAUGAAGUUUGAUAAGAAAAUUUCUUCAAAUUUUCUAUUUCUUCGAUUUUUAUGAAGUAAAAAAAUGAAAAAAUUGACUAAAAUCGUGUAAUUUUUUUACCAAUAUUAAACUGAACACUCGAAGAUGAAAUAAAUGUCAAUCCACUCCUGGAAAUAAUCGCAUAAUGGAUCACAAUUUCUUUCCAGUUUACUUUCGUAUUCCAACUCCAAGACAUCAGCAGUGAAGUAUUUUCUUCAUGUAUGAAAUAUUAUUAAAUGUAUUCAUAAAUCCUCUGCUCAAAUGGCUGCCUUAUUAGUUCUACUAUUCAAGAACGUGUUAAGAUUCAAACGUUGUUACAUACUGUGUUAUCUGAUUUGUAUUGGUGUCUUUAUACUGUAUUUUUCCUCGUUUGAAAAAAAUAAAUCUGUUAGUAUUCAUGCAAAAUCACCUCAUACGUUAUGUCUGAUCGUGCCAUUUCGAGAUAGAUUCGAAGAACUGCGCGAAUUCAUACCCCAUAUGAGUAAAUUCUUGAACGAUCAAUUCGUAAACUUUCAUAUCAAUAUUAUAAAUCAGGUGGACCGUUUCCGUUUCAAUAGAGGAUCGUUGAUAAACGCCGGAUUCCAGUUGGUUUUAAAAAAGUACCCAGAAUGUGAUUAUAUGGCAAUGCACGACGUUGAUUUGCUACCUUUGAAUAAAGAGAUCUCGUAUGCUUACCCAGACAAUGUAGCAUAUCACGUUUCAUCUCCGGAACUCCAUCCCAGAUAUCAUUAUUCGAAAUUCAUCGGUGGAAUUUUAUUAAUGUCGAAUUGGCAAUUCGAAAGAGUGAAUGGAUUGAGUAAUAAGUAUUGGGGAUGGGGCCUCGAAGAUGACGAAUUCUAUAUUCGUUUGAAAGAAAAAUCGAUUGAAAUUAAACGUCCCAAGCUGGUCACUUCGAAUUCUACAAACACAUUUAGACAUAUUCAUGGUCCAGCUAGGAAACGAGAUUUUCAAAGAUGUUUCAAUCAAAGGAAUGAGUCGCGAAUUCGUGAUCGUAAAACUGGAUUACAUGACGUGAAUUAUGUACUUUCCUCUUUGCAGUUGUUAACUAUCGACGAGUUUCCUUUCUCUUUAUUUAACGUUACUUUAAAGUGUGAUCGCAAGUUUACACCUUGGUGUACUUGUCCGGGGAAAAAACCACAAAUUAAUAGGAAAAAUGUGCACGUUGCUCGGGUCUAGCGAUUUGUAUUACAUGCUUCAUUGAAGUUGAAACGAUACCGUGAAAAUGUACUCGUACAACAGUUAUGUUGAUUAUAAGAAUCGUAUUUUAUAUGACGAACAAAUAUUUUGCUGAUAAGUUUUAGUCAUUUUGAAUUUUAGUAAGGAUAUGACAUUUUUUUUGCAUUUUGUGCCCCAAAAAGACUGUUCAAGUAGGUAUAAUGGUAGAUAAUAAGUGUGUUAUAUUUUUGUAUUUAUUUAUUAUCGUUGAGUCAUUUUACAACAAAAAUAAAUUAUAUCACGAGCGUG